CCUCCCGAGCCCCCGCGCGGGGAGUUCUCGGAUACGAAAUUAUGCUGGGAUUCUCACUUCAUCAUCACUAUCUAGGUAUCCGAAGACAACAAGAGAAGCAAUGGCCUCGACCCACGGAGACCUCCGCCACCUCCUCCCAGGAAACUACAAACGGCUCGUGUCCGAAUGGCUAGAAGAGGACUGUCCGAGUUUCGACUACGGCGGGUUCGUAGUGGGCGAGUCAGAGGGGGAGGCGCGAUUACUGGGGAAGAGCAGCGGGAUUAUCGCCGGCGUGCCAUUCUUCGACGAAGUGUUUUCCCAACUAGGCUGCACAGUCCAAUGGCACCACGCAGAAGGCCACCACCUCCCCGCCGGCGCAAAAACCCACUGCGCAACGGUGCGCGGCCCCAUCCGCAAGAUCCUCCUGGGUGAGCGCGUGGCCCUGAACAUUCUCGCGCGGUGUUCCGGAAUCGCCACGAAAUCAGCCGCGCUUGUCGAGAUUCUCCGGCGCCAAGGCUGGCACGGUACGCUGGCCGGCACGCGAAAGACCACGCCGGGGUUCCGCAUUGUCGAGAAAUACGGGAUGCUUGUGGGCGGCGCGGAUCCGCACCGCCACGAUCUGAGCUCCAUGACCAUGCUCAAGGAUAAUCAUGUCUGGGCGUGUGCGAACAAUGCGCGCAAUUCGGCGGUGACGGCGACGGCGGCUGGGGAGAUGUCGAUUGAGAAUAUUGCGGCGGCGAUUCCGCGCGCCGUGGCGGCUGCCAAGGCGGUCGGGGGCUUUGCGACCAAAGUUGAAGUCGAGUGUCGGAGUUUGGAGGAGGCGCGUGCCGCCAUUGGCGCCGGCGCGGAUGUGAUCAUGUUGGAUAACUUUACGGCGGACGGCGUGCGGGAGGCCGCUCGGACGCUAAAGGAGGAGUGGAAGGGGAAAGGGAGGCUGUUUUUGAUCGAGGUGAGUGGCGGGUUGAAUGAGGAGAAUGCCGCCCAGCAUGUCUGUCCUGAUGUGGAUAUUCUGUCGACGAGCUCGAUCCAUCAAUCGGCCGGGAUUGUGGAUUUCUCCCUCAAGGUUUCGCUGCGAUAGUACAGACAAUUCUUGCACGAUGAAUCAAUAUACAGGAAUCAUGAACCAUUAUGAA